CGGAUCGGGUUGUGAGAGGCAGACACAACUAGAAAAAAAACAAACUUAGCCCUGCAGAAGAAGGAAACUGUACUUCUUCGACAGUGCGUAGACAUUAUCUGUUUGAUCAUAUCUUCUUUCUGUGAGCUUAAACUGCACAGAAACUAAACAAACCAACCAUGAGUGGGUUCUCUCUCCAGGACAUGACCCUCCUCUGCCUGACUUUGGCUUCGCUCUGUUUUUGUUUGUCAUCUGCGGAGGAACAGUGCUAUGGCAGCACUUAUCGGUUGCCAUUUACAUAUACACCACGUCUUUUCUUUGGGCAGUUGUUCUUCACUCCAUCUAAUGGAGGAGACAAAAGGCUAGUAUUACAGAACAAGAAGCUGCAGGACCCACGCUUCACAGAGAGAGCUGGUUCAGGGCUUCUUAUGAAAGACCUGACAGAACAAGAUGAUGGAGUUUUUUCUGUAUCUCUCAAUGAUGAUGGGAGGCUGAUGAAUGUCAUCACUUUGGAGGUCAAAGAUUGUAAAGAUACAGAAACAAAAUAUUACGGGGGUGUCUUUUCAGUGCGCAUUCCUGAAAGGCCUGCCUUUCUUGAGUUCACUCCCUCUGAAAACCUGGCCCUGGUGACAGUCAUCUGGAAUUACACCAAUCUGGUACGAAGCAGGGGAUCACUGAACGGAAACUACUGGGACUUAAAUGACAUCACACAGGAAGACAGCGGCUACUACAAGUUCAGGGGGAAAGACAACAAACUGCUGGCUUGGAAGAGACUGGAAGUAAUAGAGUAUGAGAGACAUCAUGUACGAGAUGAGGGCAAGGACAUCUACAUUACAUAUCCAGAUCAGGGGGACAUGUGGACCAUUAUAUUUACGAGGGAAGAGAACCAGUAUACUUUACUAAAAGGAGGAACUGACCAGAUGUCAGGACCUUUUGGUGACAGACUGCAGUUUAACCCGGAUACUAUAAUCAUUGAUCCACUACAGUAUGAAGAUUCUGGUACCUUUGAGUUCAGAGACAAGAAAGGCAACCUGGCUCAGCGUGUGGAGUUGGAGGUGAAGACAAGUUUUCCUGCCCCUUUGUAUUAUGUUAUUAUUGUUGGUAGCCUUUUUCUGGUGUUUGUCAUCUGUUGUUGUGUGAAAAAGUGCUGCUGUAAAAAGAGCUCCUCUAAAAGAAACAACCCUGCUCCUCAGCCUGCAGCAGCACCUGCUGUAUAUUACCAUGAUACGACUCAACCUACAGGCCCUAGUCAGUCCACGGCCUCACCUGCUACAGUUUACUCUUACCAGCCUACAUCUACCACUGAUGGUCCACCGACGUACAACCAAGUGAACGUCAGCGUGAACCCGCCUCGUCCUGAGGUUGCAGCUGCAGGAGGACAGGGAGCCACUCCACUUCUGUCAAACAGUUCUGAUUUCAUCUCCUCAGACUCAGAUCCACGGUUCGACAUGAAAGGAAUUUCCUUUGCCUCUGCUCCUCCCCUCAACUCAGACACAACGAUCUCUGAUGUUUAUACUUCAGAUAAACUCAACUUUUUGUAAGCCCCACGCUGAAAAUGAUCUGUCAAGCAAAAAUAUUGUUUUAACAUCCAGACUUAGAUCAGUGUGUGUGAUAUGACAUUCAGUUAAACUGCACAUAUUCAGUGGGAUCAAACUGGUUUGAUGCAGCACAGUAUUAAUACUUCUUACAUGCUAAAUCUGAAUACUCUUGCUUAUUGUUGAUUUAACUUUUCUCAGAGUUGCUUUAUUUUCAAAGCUGGGAUGAUGCUUAUACAAUCAACAAAUGUGUGUUAAACUUGGGAUGUUUUUACUUUGCAUAAUGUACACAUGCCUAUUAUUACCUGCCAGUGAUACCAGAAAUAACAGACACAUCAGUAAUUUUACACCGAGAAAGCAGUUGUGUGCCUUCAGCAACCGAAGCCACUACAUAAAAAUCUACAUUUAAAAAAAUAUUUGAUAUGUUUUUUUUCAAAACCCUUAUGGUGUGCCUUUUUGUAUAUACAUGCAUUUGUGUUUUAUACGUGCUUUUGAGAAAUGUUGUUUUUGUUUAAUACAGUUGUAAAUCAGAUACCUUGUUGAACUUCAGAUUUUUUGCCAUUUGGAGCAAUUUUCAAAGCCCUCCUCAACUUUGAGGAGCUGAAAUUAAUGUCAGUUUAUAUUUGGUAAGUAAUGAAGAAGUUUGUCUGUAUCAGAUGUAGAGAUGGGCCGAAACUAAAUGUCAUGUACUGUUACUGAAAACCAAUUGUCAAGUCAAAGACAGGUCUGACUAUGAGAACUUUAAGUGUCAGGAAGCAAGGGCCUCACUGUGAUGAUGAAAAUGUUGUCUCCUUACAUAGUAUCUGCAAAAAUAUGAUAGGACAUAGCAUCAGAUCUGUGUCUGUCUAUUUAAUUAAUUAUUUAACAUAGCUAAUUGUGAAAAAUCAAGAACAAAGGAGAAAUUUUGCCCUAAUUCUAAAAACAGUCUGUGGCAAAAAGUCAUU